AUGUGUGAGUGUGAACUCAGGAUGAAGAUCCUCCUCAUCUUCACCCUCUGUCUGAUCUCAGAUUUAAGUGUUUCAACCUGGAUACCAACACAACCUUCAUCAUCAUCAUCACCAUCAAAAUUUUCCUCAUCACCAUUACUUUCCUCCUCUACAUCAUUGUCAUUUUCAUCCUCCUCCUCUUCCUAUUCCUCCUCCUCAUCAUCAUCAUCAUCAUCAUCUUUCUCUCAGUCUACUCCAGCUUCUCAGCCAGCAGUUUUCUUUACUGCUCAAUUACCCACAAACUCCUCUGAUCCUUCUCAACCUGUUCAUGACACCACCAUGUUGCUUACAAGCCCCUGUGACUUUGGUGUUAAUUUGACUGCUCAGUUACCCACAAUCCCCUCUGAUCAGGACAUCCACUCCACAGCUCAGUUACCCACAAUCCCCUCUGAUCAGGACGUCUACUCCACAGCUCAGUUACCCACAAUCCCCUCUGAUCAGGACGUCUACUCCACAGCUCAGUUACCCACAAUCCCCUCUGAUCAGGACGUCUACUCCACAGCUCAGUUACCCACAGGUCAAUCAGCUGAGAAACCUGCUGAAGGUCUGACUUAUGCUGCAGUAAGUUUUCACUCCAACACCUCCAGCUCUAAUGAUGCAGUUCCACAGGUUAGGGAAGACGUCACUUCUGAAAACGCUUCAGUCAGUCACGUUACUUCAUCUGUUUAG